CAAACAUGGCGAUGGUACGGCCAUAGUGCUCUUGCGACAGCCGUGCAGAUUGGAGAUGUCUCAAAGAUUCAACUUCUACUAGCGAAAGGUGCAAAGACGGAUGAGCUAGUCGCUAUCGAAUUCGAACACGAUACUACAACUACAACAAUAUUGGGGCUUGGCGUGCAAACUCAAAAGUUUGAAGUUAUACAGUCAUUACUAGGUCACGGUGUUGACGUCAACCCUGACUUCAAUGGCUUUCCAUUUAUCUCGCCCCUCACAUUGGCGGUUGAAAGGUCAAGGACUGAUAUCGUCAUGUCCUUGCUGCAGAAGGGAAUAGAUGUGAAGGCUAUUGAUGAGGGAUUAGUCGAGACCCUACUUGAACGAGCAGCCCGCAAGAAAAACCUUUCUCUUUGUGAAGCUUUGCUGGCUCACGGAGCCAAGCUUAAUGACGAAAUGUCACGACGCCUCCUGGCUGGCUUUCAUGGAAGCGCUCCAAGUGCUAUAGGGGCCGCAAUCCUUUUUGAACACCCGCUGGAGCUGUUCCGAGAGGCAAAUACAGAGCCCAAAGGUACACCGAAACUCGACUCCUCUUAUUUUCAGCUGGAGGACUUGGAUUUUGAGAUUCCACCUCCGGAGUCGGUCCUUGAGCUUGGGAUCUUAAUGGGAAACAAAGAGGAUUUGCUUUCUCUGUUUGAGUGGAUUCCCUGGACUGCAACUCUUGUUGGACGCGCUCUGACGCUCGCCAUCCUUCUUGGAGAGCAACAGCUGUUGGAUGUUCUGAUGAAAUUCGGCCCUGAUGUUACACAAGAGAUCACAAUUUACUACCAUGAUUCUGAGAUGGAUACUGGAAUCAGAGGUAUCUAUACCCCGCUUCAAGCUGCAGUCAAGCACCAGUUCGUCCAAGUUGCGACUGAGUUAGCAAAGAGCGCGGAUGUCGCGACUGCUUUGCAGAUUGCAUCCCUUCGUGGAUAUAUUGGCAUUGUACAACUGCUUGAUCUAGGUGCGGACGUCAAUGAAGGUCCUGCGAAGCGUAAUGGGCGAACAGCCUUGCAAGGUGCGGCAGAGUACGGUCGCAUUGACAUGCUGCACAUGCUUCUGGAUAAAGGGCCGUUGGUUGUUGGAGAUGCUAAGCGCUCUUAUCACAAAGCUGUAGACCUCGCAGAGCGGAACGGGCAUAUGGCUGCUGCGAAAAUUCUCAGGCAUUUUAGGCGCACCGUCGAGCCGAGCUUAUCUUAG